AUUUGUUCGAAAUAAAGAACUAGCUCCCCAUUUAAAAAAGCGGACCCUUUACGACAUAAAUUAUAAUACGGCUGAUGGUCCGUGCGUCCGUCGUAACGUGAAUGCUUUCAUUAAAAAUAAUCAUGUGGUUCUACUAUUAUAAAUUUGUUUUCCGUUUCCGUCCAACAUCUUUGUUUCUUUCGCUUGUCAGACUUGCCUGAUAAGGACAUACAAAAUGCAGCUGCACAUCAGAGGACAGUCGACGCACGUCUUAGACGUAGAUGGACAAGAUUCCAUUGGCCAGAUCAAGGAGCGCAUCCGCUCUCUUGCUAACAUUGAAGGUGAGGAUCUGACCCUGUCGCUAUGUGGUGCUCCAUUGGACGACUCCUGCCUUGUGUCAGAACUCUCCUCUGCUGAGCUGGACCUCACAAUACCCCUGCUUGGUGGUAAAGUGCACGGUUCUUUGGCUCGUGCUGGUAAGGUCAAGGGACAGACACCCAAGGUAGAGAAACAGCAGAAAAAGAAGAAGAAGACUGGCCGUGCCAAGCGUAGGAUCCAAUACAACAGGAGAUUCGUGAAUGUUGUACAGACCUUCGGCCGCCGCCGUGGACCCAACUCCAACUCGUAGAUUUAUUCUUUGUAAAUAACAUGCAAAUAUAACAUCUUUUUGCACCAAA